UGUAAAUGAGGCAGAAUAUUUUUUUUUUAAAAAGAUGUAGGCUUAGGUUUCACAUAGUUUAACUUUAGCUACUCAGAAACGCAACCGAAACUUCAGAGCAAAUAAGGCGAGGCAGAUGACGUACUAGAGCUAGCCAUUAAAUCAUAAUCUGAAAGAGUUAUUGCUCUUUCGGCUCCAUACCUGGACGGUAUUGAUAGUCGCUCUUGGUAUUUUGAGAAGUUUCUUUCAUUUUUUACACGAAUAGGCCUACAAAUUGCUUGUUGAAUAUGCAGCGGUUUGAACAUUCAUUGAGAAGGACUGGACAGGGUCGAGGAAGAUACAAUCAUGGAGGAAGAGGAAGGACCGGACGAGGUCGAAGAGACCGUCCCUAUCAUGGAGGAAGAGGAAGGACCGGAUGGGGUCGAAGAGACCGCCCCUAUGAUCAUGGAGGAAAAAGAGGUGAUCAGAUGAAGCCCUUACUGGAUAUGAUUAUCUCAGAUCUGCAUCCACACACCAUAGUUGAGGAGCCGGGUUUCUUACGUUUCUUUGAGUCUAUCAGUCAAAGUCCACCAACAUCUCCUGCUAUGCUCUCAGAACUUCAAAGUUUGAUUUCUCAAAUGAAACGUAUUGUGCAAGAAAGAUUAGAAAGGGAAGAUAAUGUUGCAUUGUCAUCUGAAGUGUGGAAUACCACAACAAAUAAAACCUAUAUGACAACUACCUGUCACCUGAUCGAUGACACAUGGACUCGGCAGGCUUAUGUUUUGGAAACCAAAUCUUUACCUGAAGAAUAUAAAGCCAGUCAUGUUGUUGGACAACUUCGGAAAAUAGCAGACACAUGGAGACUUGGAAACAAGAUUAAAGUGGUGGUGACAAAUGUAGAUGGGAUGAAGAAAGACAUCAAAAAGGCAGGAUGGGAUCUCAUUCCCUGUUUCGCCAACACACUGGAUGUGGUCUUCAAGGAGACACUUGAGGCAUCUUCUGACUGGAAAGAAGUGGUGCAAAGAUGCUAUGAAAUAUCAGAGUAUUUUUCUCAUGCAGAAGCACAAGGUCAACUCAAGAGAGCACAAAUAAAAAUGGGGUUCAAACAACAUAAUCUGGUGGAGUCCAAGGGUGAUCAAUGGCUUUCUACGCUGAACAUGCUAGUAAGAAUCUCAGAGCAGCAUCAAGCUGUACGUGAAGUGCUUCUUGAAUUUAAAUGUGACUUGUUGUUAAGUGAGCAUGAGCUUAAAAACAUAAUGAAAACAACAUCAUGCCUCGAAGCAUUCAAGCACGUCACAUCACCAGCAGAGCGAUACUACUCACUGUCAAACAUCAUACCACAGGUGGAGAGCAUUAAGAAGAAACUCCUGGACUUGCAACGUGGAGGGAAUGAGUUUGCGAAGGAAUUAGCACAACAUUUGAAUCAUCACUUCAGUAAAGCCAAAGAAAAUGAUUGGCUGACACUGAGCGCCACACUUGAUCCGAGACACCGAGACAUCGCUCUCUCUGAGAAGGGUGCUUCUGCACGCAUUCAGAAAACGAUCAUUGCUGAGAUGAAACACCUGGCUGAAGAGAGGAGCUUUAUACAGCCAGACAGUUUACAUAAAGAUUUGAGGAGAUACUUGGAAAAGAAAAGGUUGCCGAUCGAUUGGGAUCCUCUUGCAUUCUGGAAUUUCCAAAAAGGCGAAGACUGGAAUCUGAGUGAAGUUGCACGCAAAUACCUGGCGGUUGUGUUGACCGCGGGACCGGCUGACAUUGCCUUUGACACGGAGAAAGCCAGACUCGUGGCCAGUCGAAGAAGUAACCUGGAUCCGGAACAUCUGAACAUGAUGCUGUUUCUAAACGGCAACCGCUUCCUUCUCUCUUAACUCUGUUUAAAUGGAGGGCAAAAAAAUCAUAGCCUGUUAGAACAUUUUGGAAACAUUAACUGAUAUGUUGGUAGCAUUAUAAAUAACAACAAAUGGGGUUAAUAAUGCCAAAGCAAGAAUCCCCAGUUUUAAAUGAUUAGUUAGAUUUAGUUUCUAAAGUAAACUACACUGGAGAUGAUGACUGGAAUCAGGAGCAACAUUUUACAUUUUUAAAAGACAUGGGCACCUGAGUAUCAAUAAAAUAAAGGAAUAUAUAUUACAUGAAUUACCUUUUUUCUAUAGAACCCUCUUUCUUAAUUAUUUUAUUUGUUUACUUAUUUAAUAUUAUUAUUUGAUGUUUAAAUAAUAUUUUUUGAAUUACUUGUGAAUUAGGUGUCAUCAUAAAAGUUUGAUAUAAAUAUGUGAAUGUUUAAUUUUUAUUAAUAUAUUGUGUAUUUUUUUGGUUUCCCCCUUUUGUCAUAUGUAAAAGUGUCUAAAUACUUAUUGGUAAAUGUUCUUAUUGGUAAAAGUUUUUUUAUGCAUUGGUGGUGGGUAUUAUAACAAACAUGAAAAAGAAAGGAAAAUAAUGUAGAAGGAAAAAUAAGAAAUAAUAAUUAUGAGGAAAAA